GGUGGCGUCGGGGCUGGUGGCGGCCGGAGAGCGGGGCGGCGGCGCCAUGCGGACCCUGCUGCUGGGCGCGUGCGGCUGGGGCGCGCUGGGCCUGGGCGCGGGGCUCAAGCUGCCGCAGGUGGUCGCCGUGCUGCGGGCGCGGAGCGUGCGGGGCCUCAGCCUCCCCGGGCUGCUGCUGGAGCUGGCGGGGUUCCUGGUGUGCCUCCGGUACCAGUCUUACUAUGAGUACCCGCCGCUGACCUACCUGGAGUACCCCGUUCUCAUCGCACAAGACGUGGUCCUCCUGCUCUGCGUGUUCCAUUUCAACGGCAACGUGAAGCGGGCGGCCCCCUACGUCAUCUGCUUUGUGGCAGCCUGGUUCCUGCUCACCCUGCACAAGUGGAUCAUAGACCUGGCCAUGAACCUGUGCACUGUCCUCAGCGCGGCCAGCAAGUUCGCUCAGCUCCAGCUCCUGUGGGCCACUGGCGACUCGGGAUCCGUGAGCGCUCUGACCUGGGGCCUGGCGGCCUGCACCAGCGCGGCAAGAAUAGUUACGACUUUACUGACCACCGGUGAUCUUGCAAUCCUGACGCGCUUCGCGGUCAUGCUGGCUCUGAACAUGUGGAUUACGGCCACGGUGCUCCGCUGCCGCGAGGGCGCGGACAAGGCAGAAUGACGCUGCCCGUCGUCGCCCACUCCCGCUGGGCUCGGGGAGAGCUGCCUGCCGGACCGAGGAAGCCAAAGUGAUUCCUCCAGGUGAGGCUGAGGCGGGCGCUCACCCGGCCCGGGCCCGGCGUCUCGGCAGAGCCCUCGCCCUGACCUGGAGGUUCCUGAGCUCUCUCUCAGCUUUUAGGGGAAACACAGGGAAUGACAAGUAAACUGCUCAUAGGACGGAUGGCCGUGGGCUUCUGUCCCCAGAAAGCAGUGGGCCGUGGUGGGACUCCUCGGUGGCCUUUGUAACACAAGAAAGACGCCCGGGAGCAGAGCAGUCUCGUUCCUCCUCAGGCUUGCCGUGAGCAGAAAAGAACGGACCGGAGUCCGUCCACCGUCCACCGUGCCUUUCCUCCGCCAGGGCACUCACUCUCUGCUCGGCUCUGGCUGAGGCUGCUGCCGGGCUUUGAACCUGGGACCUCGAGCCUCAGGCAUGAUGGCUGUGCCUUCUGCAAAGCGAUUCCUGGACAGGGGCUGUUGGCUGGCACCUGUUUUUCUACCGAGGUGACCCAGCCAGUUUAGACUCGAGAGCGGUGCUGCCGUUUGGCCCUACAAUCCCUGCAAAUGGGGCGCGUGCAGGAUAGAACCGGCUUUGCUCGGCUUGCCUGCCGAGCGUGUGCAGAGCUCUGGCGGUGGGCGCAGUGUGGGACUGUGGGACCGCGUGCCCUGUGGCCUCACUGGCGGUCACGAGUGAAAGGCUCGACUAAGACACGUGUGCAAGAAGGUACUGCCAGCUUCUGCUAAGUCCUUACCGACUGUCACUCUCAGCGCUGAUCUAAAUAAAGUCAAGGCACUGUAUUUUCCUGUAAGUGUUGGCGAUCCCUAACACUUAACUGUUUCCCCUAUAAUUAAUGGCAUUGCUGUCAUAGGUAAAGUAAAUUAUGUCUCUCAAAAA